AUGGAGAUACUUUUCAAGGUUCAAAAGGAUAUCAAGAAAGCUUAUACAAUGUGUUAUCAAAAGUCAGUUCUCAACUACAACAAUUUUCAGUUAUGCACUGUUGCAUUUUAUAACAAGAUAACAGAAGUGCAAACAGAAUUUCAGGUAUCUUUCAAUCUUAACGAUCACAGUAUAGAAUGUUCAUGUGGGAAGUUUACAAUAAUAGGUCUGUUAUGUUGUCAUUCUUUGAGGGUGUUGAUCAAUAAUAAUGUUUACAAGAUUCCGGAUAUGUAUAUUGUGCCAAGAUGGAGAAAAGAUAUCAUAUCAGUGGAAAAGCACAACUUGGGACAACCAUGGGAAUUCUGCAGGACAAAAACUGCAAAACUAAUAGAAGAAGCAUGCAGAGCUGCAGAAUCAUUCAGGGAACAUAUAUUUGAGAGGGUGACGAAGAACCUGAAAGUGGCACAGGUGUUUACAACAUUAGUGGAGGAAAUGAAGGCAAUAGGGCUUGUAUAUGCUAAUGAUUCACAGUGUACUGAUGUUAUGGUUCCCAUGGCCCACAAAGAUAAAAACCCUGUCCUCCUAUUCAUGGGUGGUGGCAUGGGAGACUGA